UUCGAAACUCGAAAAACAAAGUUGACACUUUUUCUUCCUUCAGCCUCGCCCUUUAUUUCUUAUCUCAUUUGUUUUGAUUUUCUUCUUCUUUUUUUGGGUAAGGUCCUAGGUAACUACUCUACUAUUACUAUUCUACUUAGUGUUCACCUUUUUCUUUCUUUCUCUCUCAAAAAUAAGACGACAGAGGAAAAGAAAGAGAAAAAACAUCGACAGUAAACAAAAAGAAAGACCAUUUGGUGGCUCCAUCUAUGAGCCCGUUUCGAGGAAAAGGUCUCAUCACAAGCGAUCCAAAGGUUAGACAAUGAAGAGAACAGGGACCGUCUACUAAGUGACCGAACUUUUUCCAAGCGAUAUGGUCAUACGGCCCCUAACCAGUUCUUUUCUUCAGCAUCUUUACCAAUCCCUUUGUUUCUCGUUUUCUUUUUAACUUUUUUAUCUUUUUUCACAAUUAGUUUUUUUUUCUCAAUUUUUCUAAUUAAUUUAAUUUAGUUUCUAAUCAACAAUCAAUUAAAUAGUGUUUAAAGUGUAUAUCUCAGGUGUUUAAAUGUGUUUUUUUCUCUUUUUUGGAUCAAUUGUGUUUCAAUGUUUCUCUUUUCCUUCUUGUGUGAUUUUAUUAGAUUAAACCAAGAAUUAAAUUGAUUUGAGAUGCCUUUCUCACGGACUCGCUCGCUAAUUACUAAUAUGAAUGGAUCAACUAGUGGUCCAUUUUUACCUCAAAUUUCGGAUAAGAAUGGUUCCUCUUUAGUUAAUUCAAAUUGUAAUCCAAGUUCCGGUUUAUUGCCGCCCAUCAAAAGCUCAUCUUAUAAAGGUUCAUCCAAUGGAUUGAACAACAUCAGUGAUAAUAACGGUAUCUCCGAGACAGUUGAUUAUUCCUCUGCUGAAGCCGAUUGUUUAAUCAAUGGAUUUAAUAUCUCGGUUGUUAUGCAUGGUCAAGGUGAGAUUGUUUUACCUCGUGCCCAGGUCAAUAAUAAUAAUAAUAAUAAUAAUAAUGGUUUACCUGAUGUAAAUGAUUCUGGAUGUAAUUCCAAUGGAACCCAUAAUGGAAGCUCCAAUGGAUCUAGUGGAUCUCAUGGUUCAAAUAGUACCAAUGAUAACAAUGGUAAUGCUCAGUCAACACCAAGUCAAGAUAUAGAAAAUGAAGAGCAAAGUUAUAACAAUUGUCUAAACAAGUAUAAUAAUGGUAAUGGAUCAACGUCCAAUUUAGUAGGUUUAGUACCUUAUAAAGGUAAGACGAAACCUUUGGUGGUUACACCUGAACAAGUGAUGAAACUUUAUUCAUACAAAUUAUCAGCUUAUGAGCAUCAUGAAAUCUUUGGUUAUUCACAAAUAUAUUUCAUUGGUGCCAAUGCUAAAAAACGAUUCAGUGUAAUCGGUGCUCCCAAUAAUUGUGGUUUUGACGAUGAACAUGGUUCAUAUUUACAUGUUCUCCAUGAUCAUAUUGCUUAUCGAUAUGAGAUGUUAAAGAUCAUUGGAAAAGGAAGCUUUGGUCAAGUGAUUAAAGCUUAUGAUCACAAGACUCAACAGCAUGUGGCCUUAAAAAUGGUUCGAAAUGAGAAACGUUUCCAUCGUCAAGCUCAAGAAGAGAUUCGGAUAUUGGAUCAUCUAAGGAAACAAGAUAAAGAUAAUACCAUGAAUAUAAUACAUAUGUACGAGAACUUUACAUUCCGUAAUCAUAUGUGUAUAACCUUUGAGCUUCUUAGUGUUAACCUUUACGAGUUAAUUAAGAAAAACAAAUAUCAAGGUUUUAGUAUACAAUUAGUCCGUCGGUUUGCUUACUCCAUUUUAAGGUGUUUGGAAGCCUUGUUUAACAAUAAGAUUAUCCAUUGCGAUCUCAAACCUGAAAAUGUACUCCUCAAACAACAAGGUCGAAGUGGGAUUAAAGUUAUUGACUUUGGCUCUUCCUGCUUUGAAACCCAACGAGUCUACACCUACAUUCAAUCUCGUUUCUACCGAGCCCCGGAGGUCAUUCUGGGUUGUAAAUAUGGUAUGCCCAUUGAUAUGUGGUCGUUUGGUUGUAUUCUAGCUGAAUUAGCAACCGGAUCACCUCUUUUACCCGGUGAAGAUGAGGAUGAUCAAUUAGCUUGUAUUAUUGAAUUACUUGGUAUGCCACCUGAAAAGCUGUUGAAACAAUCUUCUCGAGUGAAAAGAUUCAUCAACUCAAAAGGUUAUCCCCGUUACUGUCAACCAAAUAUACUUUCCGAUGGUACAGUUUUAUUAAAUGGAGGACGCUCCCGACGUGGGAAGAUAAGAGGCCCACCAGGUUCACGAGAUUGGUCAACGGCAUUAAAAGGCUGUGAUGAUGAGCAUUUCAUUGACUUUAUCAAGAAAUGCCUUGAAUGGGAUCCCGAGUUACGGAUGACACCUCAUGAGGCUCUUAAACAUACUUGGCUUACUCGUCGUCGUUUACCACAUCCCCCACAAAUCAAUAGUGAUAAUUCAGCUGUUAGUGAAUCAUCCCCAGUGCGGCACAACAAUAAUCAACCAAUUAAUGGCCACAAACGCCAGUGAACACUUUUUGUCCCCGUUGCAUUAAACUGAGAGUUUUUUUCCCCGAGGAGAGUUGAAAACGUGAAUAUAAACCUAAAUUUAGCCUAAUAUAAUUCAAAAGAGAUUAUAAUUAAAACAAAAAAAAAAGGAUGACAAGUUAUGAUUGUGUCCUCUCAGCUACAUUACUGCCGUCAACCUCGUAAUUCACCGCCGCUUCUGCUGCCACACUUUACUACGUCGUUUUUUCAUUGACUUAUUAAUAUCCUCAUCAAUAUCCUCAUCUCAUCAUACUUAUUUGUAGCUUAACAAACACACACACAUCAUGCAACACCCGAUCAACAUUUUGUCACCAUUCACCACCUUCUGUCUUGACAUGUAACGUGAACAUGAUGUAUUAUUACCAUACUUUGUUCAUGAUGGUGAAUAGAAAAGGUAUUUGGAAAGCAAAAAGUGUAACAGGUGAAUCAACAUCAACACGUACGAAGAAUCAUCACAAUUAUCGUCAUCGUCAUCAAUUCAACCUUACCCAAAACAACAACACCACCGUAACCACACAAUCACCACCACUACUCUCAUCAUGCGUACAUUUUGAAACGUGUACACAUCGCAUUUUUGUCCAUAAUCUUUACUUAUAAUCUGCUAAACAAAAAUGUUCACAUUUUGUCCUGAUCUUUAUCUUCAAUCUUCUUGGUCUUCUUUGAAUAUAUAUAAAUAUAUAUACGACGAUCCCUCUUUAGACCCAAUUGCAAUUCCAUUCUUACCUCAACCAAACUUGCUCCAAAAAAAACCGUUCUGGUUUUAUCUAGCCUAUAUCAUCAUUUCCAUCAUCAUCAUCAUCAUCAUCAUCAUUAUUCAAAACAUCAACAGCACCUACGCCACUAAAACUUGAGAACUUUUUAUCACCACCUCGAGCAUCCACCACCUUCAUCAUUUUUAAAAAAAGUUUUACCAUCAACAUAAUGAUCAUCUUCUUUUUUUCAUCCGUUAUCAUUUUUUGCAUCAUUUGCAGCAUUUAGAAUCAGUAUCAAGAAAAAUUGAUCAUCAUCAUCAUCGAUUAACAUGUUAAAUAAAACUGGAUACACAUUCAAGGAAACUCCUUUGGUGCAAGGAAAGAAAAAGGAGAUCGACUUGACCGAGUUUUGGACAUGAUACACAUGCAUCGUAUAAAUACACUUUUGAGAGGCCGAAUCUCAUCCUUUUUUGGAAAGACCCAAAAGCGCUCUCUUUUAUUAUUAUUAUGAUAAUAUAUCUUCUCACUUUUCCACCUCUUUCUUUCUCUCACUCUCUAUCCUGUCCCUCGCUCAUUUUACCCGUUGUAUGAUGACAUACAAAAAAAAGAAAUGGGGUAAAAUUGUCGCAAUAAAUUGAAAAAAAAUGAAGAUAAAAGAAAUGAAACAAACGAAACAAACAAAAAACAAAUGACCAACAUCGACGAACUGAACGAUAUCGACGAUAAAACAACAACAAGGUCUCCAUGUAGCAUAACACAACCACCAACCGAAUCAACAACAAAGCAACUUAUUUUUCCUCCUUCAAAACUUGUAAUUCACCAGCAAUCCCAUUCCCACCAUUAAAUCAACUUCAUGAUGCUUUUUUUAGGCAGCAAUAUGGAUCCAGAUGAAUCUACACUGAAUCUAAUGAGAUUUUCUCUCCCUCUGAUUCCUCAAAUUCAACAAAUCGACAUGAUAGAAACUCUGACAACAACCAACAAGCUCACAUUGUUUUUUGCUUGUUUGUUUUUUUUUAAUUGUAUCAUCAUUGUAAUCUAAGUCAAAAAAUUUUCUUCUUUGAUCUUGUUCUGAAAGAAAAACAAAGCAUUUUUUGCUUCUAAUUCAUUGGAAAGAAAGUAAAAAUACUCGAAUAAUAGUCAACAACAUAACAACCACAACACCAACAUCAUCAACUAAAACUCUUCUUAUCUCUUCUAUCUUUUCAUCUUCUCUCUCUCUCAUCCACAUCCACAUCCUCAUCCGCAUCUUUUAUCAUCAUUCAACGAAAACAAAAGACACAAACAUAACAAUUGGUUACCUGGUAAUCACUUACUCGGUGUCCAUAAUAGCUUCAUGUAGAUUCUCAUUCAGUUGCUCAUCAUCAUUAUUCCUCUUUCUCUUUCUCUCUUUAAACUAACCCUUUCCUUCAUUUAUCAUCAUUACCUUUUAUCUCAUCACCUUUUCAUCAUCCUUUUCUUACCCUUUUCGAAUUCAAUAUAAAAUGAAACAUCAAUACAAGAAAAGAGUCUAAGAUAUGAAGGUAAAAGAUACAGAAGAAGACGAAGACGAAGAAAGAACGUAAAAAAAACAAAACGAUUUCUUAUUAAUUAACUUUUUUCUUUCUCUUUGUAAGAUUGAAUCUUGUACACAUUACAAUUAAUUAACAACAAAAAACCAACAAUCGAAAUUGA